UCGCAGAUUAUUAUGCAACGAGGAAGGACAUGUACCAGCAAGAUUCUAGUCUCCGAAGGAUAAAACCCUCAGCAACAUCGCCGGACCCGAGAUUCAUCAGCUUCAGAAAAGAAGGCUCGGUUGGAAUCCGACUGACGGGCGGAAACCAAGUCGGGAUAUUCGUGACUGCAGUACAACCGGGUUCGCCGGCUUUCGUUCAGGGUCUGCAGCCUGGAGACAAACUCCUGAAGGUCAAUGACAUGGACAUGAAGGGAGUAACGAGGGAAGAAGCCGUCCUGUUCCUCUUGUCGCUGCAGGACCAGGUGGAUCUGAUCGUCCAGUACCGAGCUGAGGAAUACGAAGACAUCCUGGCUCAUCAGAAGGGCGAUUCCUUUUACAUCAAGACGCAUUUCAAUUACGAAACGCCUCAGAAAGGAGAGAUGAGCUUCCGGAAAGGGGACGUAUUCCACGUUGUGGACACGUUGCAUAACGGAGUCGUCGGAUCGUGGCAAGUUUACCGAAUCGGUCGGCACAACGAAGAGACGCAAAAGGGGACAAUACCGAACAAGAGCAGGGCCGAAGAACUGGCAACAGCGCAGUUCAAUGCGUCCAAGAAAGACGUGUCGACUGAGUCGUCGAGCGCGACGAAGAGCAGCUUUUUCCGCAGGAAACGAGCAGCUCGUCGGUCAAAGUCCUUGUGCAAGGAUCCAUUCGACGACAUGUUGUGCAAUGACUCUUCCAUCUCCAAGUUCCCGGCGUAUGAAAGGGUUUCCUUGUGCCAUCCGGGUUUCACUCGCCCUGUCGUCAUCUUCGGCCCACUUUCGGACAUUGCCAGGGAACGGCUGCUGAAAGACUCUCCUGAUCGCUUCUGCUCGCCACAAAUGGAAAGCCGAGCACCGGAAGGCACAAAGAAGCCGUGCUCGGGGAUCAUUCGGUUGAGUUCCAUCAGGGAGAUUAUCGACAGGGGAAAACACGCCGUGCUUGACGUCACUCCCAAUGCUGUCGACAAGCUGAAUUAUGCCCAGUUGUAUCCCAUCACCAUCUUCAUCAAGGCAGAGUCCAAGGCUCAGAUCAAAGAGCUGCGUUCUCGCAACAACCCGCAACACAAGAGUUCCAGAAAACUGUAUGACCAGUGUCUCAAGCUGGACAAGCACUGGUCGCAGAUCUUCACCAGCACUCUGACCUUGCCUGGUUCCACGGACAACACUUGGUACAAUAAAACCCGAGACAUUAUCGAUCGCCAGCAAAGCCAGCCGAUUUGGAUGUCCGAAACAAAGCCGGACGAGUCUUUGGCGGACGACUUCCUGUUCCCGAUGGCGUCCCGACUGAGUUACGCGUCGUCGCCCGGGGAAUCCGACGUCGAAAGCGGGGCACACAUGAGGUCGAGGUCGGUGGACUGUCGAGGCAGGUCAAGCAGUCCGCCGAGUGCGAGGCUGGAGCGGUCUUCGUCGGAUCCGAACCUGGCGGCGGCUGGACCGCCUCCCGCGGCGCCGCACGUGACGGCGGCGCUGGGCUUGGAUGGCGGCUUGUCGCAGCAGCAGCAGCAAGGUGUCGUGGCGGCGGCGGCGGCGGUUGGCGGCAUGAUGGUGAUGUCUGAUGACGGCAUGACGCCGACUUAUUCGGGUCCGCCGCCUUACACUGCGGCGCCUUUCCAGCCUGACUACGAGACACACGCGGAGGCAAUGCGGAGAUCUCAGGCCGUGGACUCCAAGUACGGGUUUGCGGCAUCCGCAGGAACAGCAUCAACGUCCUCCUCAUCACGCCAGUAUCCGUCCUCGUCGGGUUUGUAUUCCCACGCCAGGUCCCAGUCCGGAGACCGACUGGGUCAGCCAGCCUCUUUGCCAGCCAUGCAAACCUACGACCCGUAUUCCUUGAACAAACCCCCGGCGCCGAAAAUGGGCGUCCUCAGCUCGGACUUGGCAGCGGGUCGAGCACUCAGCUACAUGGUGAAUGGCGGCGUGGCGACGUUGCAGCGAGCGCAGUCGCCGACGUACGGGACGACGCCGAAUGGUCGCGUCGUUGGUGGCGGCCCGGAAUUGCCGCCGAAAAUUGAUAGGACGAAGAAGCCGUUGAAGAAGUCGGCGCAGGAGCGGUUGUUCGGAGCCAGAGCCCCGGAGGAAGCGAAUGGAUGGCCUGUCAUUCCUGUUCCUGUAGCAUCAGGUCCGUCGCCGUUGAUCACGCACUCGCCGGUCUUGCCGCGGCACCCGAUGGCCAACGGAACAAAGGUGCCGGAGCCUAGUUUGCUUUUCUUGUUGGAAGAUGUCGCGCGAGUGCUAUGUGAUCAUGGAGUUAUCCUCCAUGCCAAUAAAGUUUUGGGUAGUCAUGACGGGUACGACCCGUACCGGCUUGACGGAGGCGACAAGAUGGAGCAGUCCAAGUCCACCACACCUCCGGGUUCCAGUUCAAGCAUGUCCACGCAUGAUCCGUACAAGUUCACCAGAUCAUCUGCACAACCCAUCAAAACCUCGACGUUAGAAAGGAAUCGGUCUGACGAUGGGCAGCCAAAAUUUGCGAACACGGAUAUCAAGCCUGUGCCUCCGCCGAAGAACGCUGUUUACAAGCCCGUCCCUCCACCAAAACCCAAGACAUACCGCAACUCCAAUCCUCUCCCAGUUGGAUACCAGCCCUCCGCGGUACCACUCCCACAGCAGCCACCACCAACACAGCACCAACAACCACCUCAAGUGCCACCACCCGGAGUACCUCAACCCGGAGCUCACUACUCUGACAACUACUCCUCCAUGAACUACGUCUCCUCAUCCGGCUCACCGGACACCAACGGCACUGCGAGUUCCAUCGUCAACGGUGGCUACUACUCAGGCUCCAACGGCACACUACGCAGUACUCAAAGCCAGUACUCGUCCCGCAAAGACGACUAUGGCUCAGAAACGUACUCUUACGCCAAGUACACUAAUGGUAGUCUUAGGAAUGGGGCCGCGAUGCUCGCCUAUGACGACGAUGCUAGCAACGGAUUCGACUCUGGACAUGGGAGUAGCUUGGACCGCAAUUAUGACAGUUUUGGGCGGAAUUACAAGGCGGGUGUUGGACGUGCAGGCAGCAGUAGUGGCAGCAGCAACAUCCACAACAAUAACCCUGGGCAAUAUUACCUGAACGUGCCGUUGCCGAAAGAGGCGAAGAAUGGGACUUUAGAUCAUCGGGAGCAUCGCGGGAGUGCUUUUGAGUUGUACAAAAAGCCGUUGGACCCUCGCAUUCCGCUUGAGUACACGGUUAGGUAGUCCUUGUCGUCGGAAGUAAUUGCUGGGGCUUGAAUAUCAAAAUUUUUGGUUAUAUUUCGAAUUUUUUGGUUUUUUUUUUCGAGGAUGGAGGGAAAAGAGAAACAGUUACGAAUGUGUCUCUCUUCUUGCGCGUCUCACUUCAUUCAUCUUCACACCUUGUUCUUGGCUAUCUAUGCGCAUGAUCUCGUGUGUAGCAAAAAAUUCGUUGUCACCAAGCCUGAUCAUUUACAUUAUUUCCCGAAGAGACACUCUUCAACUGAGAAAGUGAGCAUUUGAAGAAUAAACGCGUUUCCGCGUGCCUCUUCUGUAUUUCGAUGCACUUUCCUCUGCAAGCAAUCGCUAUUGAGAAUUGCUUCCUUUUCGCUAGAUGUCACUUCAAGUUUCUGUCGGAGAAAGUUCUGUGACCUGUGUCGCGUCAAAAGUAAUUCUCUCGAGCUGAAAAUUAUUUUUUAUUUUAAGCAUUUUAUAAGGUGUAAAAAUGUUACUGAUCUUGGAAAAUGUUGUUGUCUACUCUUAACUGUGUACAUCGCAAUGAAGAUUUGUUCUAGUGCGAGUAUAGAUAUCGCUCUCAGUUUGCUUAUUGGUUUCGGCUAUCGGUAGCAUAAGAAAAAGUUGCAUGUCUUGGGAUCCAGACAAAUGACCAGGCUUGGUUGACUUGAAAAUCUUGAUGUUGAUCUCGUUGCUGUGGAACAUGUUUCUUCCGCUUCUUGGCCGUCUUACAAGCGUCGAUGUGAGUGAUUCGUGUUUGAUCAGCGCAAGACGCGUUUGCGGUUUUGUUUUUCCGGCUCGGUUCAGGUCGUUUUUUCUUGUGAUUUUUUUCUGCCAAGAAAAACACGAAGAGAAUGGACUUCAAACUGAGGCAGUCUUUCGUACUGCGGUUUUCCUCAACUUCUCUUCUUGUCGUUCGAACUCUUCUCCCUUAUGAUUCAGGUGUUAUAGGAAAGGAUUUGUAAAUUUUAUUCUGCGGGGUUUCCUUUUUUGUUGAGUGCGGUUAUUUCGCAGAUACAUGAGCCGAGUUUAUAUAUUUUUUCAGUCAAAAAACCGAGACAGACGGAAAAGGCGACUGACUCCCGUUUUUUUGUGAUAAGGACGAGAGAGUUUAGGGAAGACAAAUUGAUAGAAAUGAUGUGGAUGAAUGUCCAGGACGAAACUUCGGUUAUAGAUGUGAACGUGAUUUGCGAGCGAUGUUUUUUUUUUUUCGUGUUUGCUUUUGCGCUAAAUGUUUCAAAUAAGUUUUGUUUUUCGAAUUCGAUUCAUCAGCCUCUCUUUAAUUGUCGUGGACGUUAUGGUGGGACGAUCUACGUUUCCAUCAUUAUACGAUUUCUUCAUGUGGGGAAGCAGCGGCUAUUUUAUUCCACAAUCGCCGUUCGAUUGAAUGUGAGACCCGUUUUUGUUCCGUUUUAGAAAAAUCGGUGUCAUUCUAGGUAUAUCUCCAUUUUAGAGAUCUAUAUGUUUUGAAUGUGCUUUGCGGGGUGAAGGCGGAUUUCUUUUUUUUUUGGAUGUUGUAGAGCCCAUGAUGAUCAGUCGAAAAAAGGAGACAGAAAAUAAGAUGCGGAAAGAAGUGUUUUGCCGUGAAUAUAGACAUGCAGGAUGAGAGAAUGAGAAUAAAAAGAAGAAAAUUCAGACGUAAA